UUGCCAUAGCCGCGGGAGUUCGUUUGGCAAGAUGGCCGCCGCGGGGCUGCUGCUGCUGGAUUUUGCUUUCCGGGCCUUUCGUGGCUUCUAGGGCGCGCGCGGUCGGCGGCAUGGGCUUUCUGCCGCCGAUUCCUCUCCUGCCGGCCCUCCUUCUGCUGGGCUUCCUGGGGCUGCUGCGGGGAGACCUGGUUUUCAUCCCUCCCUUUAUCCGAAUGUCCGGCCCUAAGAUUAGGGCGUUUCUAGUCGGAGACACGGAGAAUGUGACUGUGUCCCUGGCCCAGCUGCAGGUCGAGGCAGGCAUACUUCCGGUUCCCGCUUGUGGACUGCCGAGCAAUGAGACAGGAGAUUGGAGUGUGACUGCGACCCCCAGUUUGGGGGCGUUGGAGGUGACGGUGAGUCUGCAGAGGCGGCCGCAGCAGUGCGUCUCCAACGGGACCACCGAGCCCUUCGCGGAGGCUCCGUGCCUGCUCCAGACGCUGCUGGUUUCAGCGCGCCGCGGCGCUGCGUGCUCGGCGCACCUCCUCGUUCAGGCGGAGAUGUACGCCAACUCCUCUCUGGCGCACGGUGCAUCAGAGAACGUGACCCUCAUCCCUAAUCAGGUGUAUCAGCCUCUUGGUCCUUGUCCUUGCGACCUAACAGCCAAGGCCUGUGAUGUCCGUUGCUGCUGUGACCAGGACUGUUCCUGGGCCGCUAAGCAGCUGUUCGGAGGCGCCUGUCUCCCAGGCGUGUUUGGGGGUGAGGUCAGCCCUCCCUUCGACCAGCUGUGCACAGAGGGGACCGAAGGCCGCGUCCCUGACUGGUUCUCCCUCCUGUGUGUGCAGUCCUCGCUCGACAACUCACCCUUCCUCGGCUACUUCUAUCAUGGCGCUGUUUCCCCGAGACACUGCCCUGGCUUCGAAGCCUCACUGGGCGCUGUCCCCAGACUCUCUCCAGACUCUGGUUACAGACAGGGAGACCCGAUCCGGACCACGGAGAAGGACGUGUAUUUUACUGUGCCGCAGGUGUCACUGGCCGGGCAGUGUGUGCGUGAUGCCCCUGUGGGCUUCCUGCAGAGCUUUGGUGCUGACUGCGCCACUCACCUGGACGCCUACUGGGAGCGUGACGGCGUGGGACCCGCCAAGGUCCAGGGCAGCGCCACUGGAGCCCCAGUUCCGCCUACGGUGACCUACGAGGCAGCGACUGACCCGGGCCGGUUCCUUACCGCCACAGAAGCGCUUCUAAGCAGUUCCCUGGCCCCCAGGAAGGUGACGGUGGAAGAACAUUACGUGUUCAGGUGGGACAACAACACAGUCACGGGACUCAGCGUCAGAAUCGUCCAGGCGGAAAUCAGUGCCCAGCAGACAGGAAUACUCACGCAGAGAUUCACAGUGAAGUUUUUAAACCAUCACAGUGGUAAUGAAAAGGGAUUAUCUGGAAACCCCGGUUACCAGCACGGCAGGCCGGUCCGGGCCCUGAAUGCCAACGCCACGAGUAAUGCUGGGACGCUCCAUGUUUGGCAGUCAGCUGGAAGGAGUUUGUGUACCUCCGCAACCCUCAGGCCUGUUUUGUUUGGUGAAAACGUGGAGUCUGGCUGCCUUCUAGAGGUUGGGAUCCGCGAAAACUGCUCCCGGCUCAGGGAGCGUGCGGCCGAAAGACUGGGGUCGUUAGUGCCAGCAACACAUGUCGCAGCAAGAGGCAACUCCGAUUCCAGCAACCUGGCCGACGGCUGGCUGGAAAUCCUGCGUGGAGAUCCCCCCAACGCCGAUGUGGACCCCGCUGCCAGCGGCGCCCUGGGCGCCUGUCCUGCUGUUCCCGCCCAGCUGCACAUCCGCAUCCUCUUCGCAGAUGCUGGCGCAGUGGAGGGCGUCGUGCAGCAGGAGAUACUCGGUGUGGAGGCCAGGGUCUCCACCGUGGACUGGCAGUACCAGUGUGGGCUGACCUGCGAGGAUACGGCUGACCUCUUCCCUGUCGCUGCAUCCGUCCGAUUUAUCAAAAUACCUGCGCAGCCACCCCGCCCUCUGACAAGAUUCCAGAUCAAUUUCACAGAGUACGACUGCAACAGAAACGAUGUGUGUUGGCCACAACUCCUAUAUCCAUUGACCCGAUAUUAUCAAGGGGAGCCAGACUCACAGUGUGUGGCCAAGGCUUUGCUGCUGACGGCGUUCCUCCUGCUGGCUGCGCUCCUCAGCAAUCCCUGGGCGAGGGUGUGCAGAGCCCGGCGGCCAGCUGCUGUCUACCAUUAGGCCUUCUUCGAGGCCUUACACAUUUCCUCCCGCAGUCUGUUGUCCUGUGUUCCUCUGUCAUAGUUUAAUAAAUGAAAUGUGUUAUUUUUAUAAAAAAUUCUUACUAAUGUUGUGUGAGUUUAAUUCAUUCAUGUAACAAACAAUCUGAUGUUCAGAGCCUUUUGCCAAAUUCACAAGCACUAGAACCUACCCUCCUUGAGAUCAACUAUGUAAAUGUUAGAAAUUUCAAUUUAUCACAGGUUACCAGUCCUAGGGGCUAUUUUUUCAUACAGAGUGAGGCUUUAAAUGUUACAUAUUUGUGUUGGUUACAUUUCCU